AUGCCUCCGAAAAAUAUUGCAUGUUUUGAAAUAUUGGAGCAACGAGAGGCCAGACUAAAGUAUAAAAGAGAGAAAGCUGCAGCAUUUAAAGAAAAUGAGACCCCAGAAUCCAAAAAAGCUAGACUAGAUGCAGAUAGAGAUAAAGCUGCUGCAGCACGAAGAAAUGAAAAACCUGAAGUCAGAGAGGCUCGGUUAAAAGCUGUGAGAGAUAAAGCUGCUGCAGCACGAAGAAAUGAAAAACCUGAAGUCAGAGAGGCUCGGUUAAAAGCUGUGAGAGAUAAAGCUGCUGCAGCACGAAUCAAUGAAAAACCUGAAGUCAGAGAGGCUCGGUUAAAAGCUGUGAGAGAUAAAGCUGCUGCAGCACGAAUCAAUGAAAAACCUGAAGUCAGAGAGGCUCGGUUAAAAGCUGUGAGAGAUAAAGCUGCUGCAGCACGAAUCAAUGAAAAACCUGAAGUCAGAGAGGCUCGGUUAAAAGCUAAGAGAGAUAAAGCUGCUGCUGCACGAUUAAAUGAAAAACCUGAAGUCAGAGAGGCUCGGUUAAAAGCUAUGAGAGAUAAAGCUUCAACUUCGAGAUCAAACGAAACCAUUGAAGUUAGAGAAGCAAGACUUGCAACUGAUUUAUUAAGGCAUCGUGUUGCUGCACUACAUGAAAUUACAGAGAAUUUUGAGUCUAGGCUUGCUGCCAAGAGAACAAUGACAAAUCAAGAUAGAAGCGCAGAAAACGAUUCUCAGAAGCAAGCUCGAUUAACGGCAGAUAAUUUCCGGACGACCAUUAAAAUAAAUAAUGAGAAUACUGAGGAGAGAGAAGCCCGACUUGAUGCUAAAAGUACCAAAAAUAGGCUGAAUGAAAGAGAAGAUUAUCAAACGCAGUUUAAAAUGAUGGCCCUAAACUACGAAGCAAACAUUAGCUACGACAAUAACCCACACAUAAUGAUUGGAGAAAUGGCAAAUGUUUGUCAUCACUGCAAAGCUGUCAAGUGGAAAGGAGAGCCACCGGGUAUGUGCUGUUCUAAUGGGAAAAUCAAACUGAUUCAGCAAGAAUCUCCCCCAGAGCCACUCAAGUCUUUAAUGUCCGGCGAUACCUCUCACUCUCGGCAUUUUUUAUUAAAUAUUAGAAAAUAUAACAGUUGCUUCCAGAUGACUUCAUUUGGAGCAACUAAGGAAAUAAGAGAAAAAGGGUUCAUGCCAACUUUUAAAGUUCAAGGGCAGGUGCACCAUUCUAUCGGGUCACUUCUUCCAGCAAAAGAAGAGGAAUCAAAGUUUCUUCAAAUUUACUUCAUGGGAGACGAAACAAAACAAGUGAACCAAAGAUGUGCAGCUGUCCAAAAAGUCAGAAAACCUAUUAUUGAGAGCCUUCAGGUGUUUCUACACCAGAAUAAUCAAUAUAUCCGUCUAUUUAAAAACGCACUUGAAAAAAUGCCAACGAAUGAGUAUAAAAUAAUCAUUAAGGCGGAUAAAGUGCCACAGGGUCAGCACCCAGGGAGGUUUAAUGCACCAACAAUGAAUGAAGUCGGCAUCGUGAUGGUUGGGAACGAUUUCGAAAGAAGAGAUAUCGUACUUCAUAAAAGAAACGACACGCUGCAGCGCGUCGUUGAAACACAUAGGUCGUACGAUGCCCUUCAGUACCCCAUAAUCUUCUGGCAAGGAGAAGAUGGCUAUUUCUGUGGCAUCCCGCAAGUGGAUCCUCUAACGGGCACUGCUCUGGCUCACAAGAAAGUUUCAGCCAUGGCAUUUUAUGCCUACCGCAUAAUGUUGCGAGAGAAUGAGGAAAACCACAUUUUGAAAUGCAGACAACUAUUUCACCAAUUUAUUGUUGACAUGUACGCUAAAAUAGAAAGCGAGCGCUUGAUGUAUAUUCGUUAUAACCAAGCGAAACUUCGAAGUGAAGAAUACAUUCAUCUAAAAGAUGACAUUAACUCCACGGAUUUUGACCCGAAUCAAAUAGGAAAAAUGGUGAUACUUCCGUCAUCUGUGACCGGUAGUCCACGCCACAUGCAUGAAUAUUCUCAAGAUGCCAUGGCGUAUGUCAGAAGGUAUGGAAGACCAGAUUUAUUUAUCACAUUCACGUGUAACAAAAGUUGGUCGGAAAUACGGAAUAAUUUAAUGCCAGGACAGAACGCCACUGAUCGACAUGACCUGAUUGCUCGGGUUUUUAGGCAGAAGCUGGUAAAAAUGAUCAGCCUAAUAACCAAGUCAGGCAUAUUCGGAGAAACUCAGUGCUGGGUGUACACAGUUGAAUGGCAAAAGAGAGGUCUUCCCCACGCACAUAUUUUGGUCUGGUUGCAAGAGAAAAUUAGACCGAAUGACAUUGACAGAGUCAUACGUGCGGAACUGCCAAAUCCAGUAGAAGAUCCCAUCUUAUAUGAAAUAGUUCUAAAGCACAUGAUCCAUGGACCAUGUGGGGUCCUGAAUAGAAUGUCACCCUGCAUGGUGAACGGUCAUUGUUCGAAAAGAUAUCCGAGGAGUUUUUUGGACGAGACCCAGACAGGAGCAGACAGCUAUCCGCUUUACAGAAGAAGAACGCCUCAAAAUGGCGGAUUCACUGGAAAAAUAUACACCCGCUGUGCAUCUGGCUAUCAAGAAAUUGAAAUAGAUAACAGGUGGGUGGUGCCCUACAACCCUUUUCUAUGCCGAGUAUUUCAGGCACAUAUAAAUGUAGAACUCUGCAGCAGUGUGAAGUCCAUCAAAUACAUCUGCAAGUACAUACACAAAGGCAGUGACCAGGCUGUAUUUGAACUUAAAAAAUCUGGAACCUCAAUUGAUGAAGUUACUGCUUUCCAGUUAGGCAGAUAUAUAAGUAGUAAUGAAGCCGUGUGGCGGAUUUUAGGCAUGCCAAUUCAUGAACGUGAGCCAACAGUUGUGCAUCUAACCGUACAUCUAGAGAACGGACAAAGAAUUUAUUUUAAGCCGGACAACCUUCUGCAGAAAGUUAAUAGUCCACCAGCAACAACCUUAACUGCAUUUUUUGAACUGUGCCAAAAUGACCCGUUUGCUAAAACUCUUUUGUACUGCGACGUUCCUCAGUAUUAUACUUGGAACAAUUCAAAAAAAAAAAUUAUUAGACGCAAGCAGGGUAAAGCUGUUGAAGGUCACCCAGAAAUCCGGUCUUGUGCGGCUCUCGGUCGCGUGUACACCGUACACCCAUCAAAUGAUGAAUGCUUUUUCUUGCGUUUACUCCUGCAUGUGCAACAUGGACCUACAUCUUUUCUCGAUCUCAAAAAUGUGAAUGGACAAAUGUGCAAGACGUUUAGAGAGGCAUGCGAGAGACAAGGGCUCUUAGAAAAUGACAAACAUUGGGACACUGCGCUUGAAGAAGCGAGUGCUACAAAAUCACCCACAAAGUUAAGACAUUUAUUUUGUCUGCUUCUGACAUCUUGCUCAAUGUCAAAUCCACUCAACCUGUGGGAAAAAUACAAAACUUCUAUGAGCGAAGAUUUUCAAAUCAGAAGACAUACUACUUUUAAUGUUGAUUUGAAUUCAAAUCAAGAAAGUUUCAACCAAACUUUAUGUGCGCUGGAAGAACACAUCGCUUCAAUUAAUGGAAAGUUGCUUAGAGAAUAUGGUCUACCCUCACCUGACCGGGUUCUAGCGGCCUGCUCCGAAAUAGUUCGCGAAACUAAUUACAACGUCUCAGAACUAGCUGAAUACGUUUUAAUCAAUGAACCUCUUUUGCUACCAGAACAAAAACUAGCAUACGAAACAGUUUUACAACGUGUUCGACAAAACGAAGGAGGUAUUUUAUUUAUCGACGCCCCUGGAGGAGGUACCGGGAAAACAUUUGUUUUAAAUCUCAUUUUAGCAAAAGUGCGUCAACAGCAAAAGUUGGCCAUAGCUGUAGCGUCAUCGGGUAUUGCAGCUACGCUACUUACAGGAGGCCGCACAGCGCAUUCAACAUUUAAGUUGCCUUUGAACAUUCCUCACUCAGAUGUUCCUAUUUGCAACAUAUCUAAACAAUCAGAAAAAGGAAAGCUGCUUAAGCAGUGUGCCAUUAUCAUCUGGGACGAAUGCACAAUGGCUCAUAAAAAGGCACUGGAGGCCCUGGGUAGGACACUCCAAGACAUAAGGUCAAAUAGCGCCGUGAUGGGCGGAGUCGUUUUAGUUUUGGCUGGGGAUUUCAGGCAAACUUUGCCCGUAAUUCCCAGAUCAACAAUGGCCGACGAGCUAAACUCCUGCCUCAAGGCGUCCUACCUCUGGAAUGAUAUAACAGAGCUUAAAUUGAAGCAAAAAAUGAGGGCAAAAUUAAGCGGCGAUUCCUCUGCUAAUCGAUUUGCUUUGCAACUUUUAGAUGUCGGAAACGGCAAAAUAAAACCCGACAAAAUAACCGGACUUAUUGAAUUUUCAAACGAUUUCUGCAAAUUAGUGAGAACCUGUGACGAACUUAAAGACAGCGUCUAUCCUAAUUUAGAAGCAAAUUUCAAAAAUCACCAAUGGCUUUGCGAGCGUGUAAUUCUGGCUCCAAAAAAUGAAUUGGUUUUCAAGCUUAACAUAGAAAUUCAAAACUUGCUACCAGGAGAUACCAGGAUUUAUAAGUCUGUAGACACUGUGCUGGAUCCUGACCAGGCUGUACAUUAUCCGACCGAAUUUUUAAACUCCCUGCAACCCAGCGGAAUGCCUCUGCAUGAGUUGACACUUAAAGUUGGAUCUCCUAUUAUUCUACUAAGAAACCUUGAUCCGCCAAAGUUAUGUAACGGUACCAGACUAAGCAUAAAAAAGCUGUAUUCACAUAUAAUCGAAGCUACUAUAAUGAAUGGAUCUGGGAAAGGGGAGGAUGUUUUUAUACCACGAAUUCCACUAAUUCCCACAGACCUCCCUUUUGAUUUUAAGAGGUUACAAUUUCCCGUUCAGUUGGCAUUCGCCAUGACAGUGAACAAAGCCCAGGGCCAGUCAAUGUCCGUGGUAGGAGUCAAUUUGGAAACCCCUUGCUUCUCUCAUGGACAAUUGUAUGUUGCCUGUUCGAGGGUCGGAAAUCCAAACAACCUUUUUAUUCUAACAACAGAAGGAAAGACGAAAAAUAUAGUUUACCAGAAAGCUCUUUUAUAG